AUGUGCUAUGUUCGGCUAGCUUGGUGUGGCGUCAUCACACCCGCUGUUUGCCUUGCCCACCCCACUCCCUCCGAUUUGCUAAUCCGACUUGGGCCUCCUGUUCGGAUCUACCGCAUGGCCUUGAAGAUACGUUUCCUACCUGUCUGGCUGACCGAUUUCACUCGGUUCCUGCCCCGGUGUGAGGUUUACUCCAUGCUCUGUUUCUCAAGCCUUCAAUAUCGCGGACAAUGUCGCCUCAACUCCAGAGAUCAUGUGCUCCGAUUCCUAUGCUUGUGGGUAUUAGGCAUUGCCUUUACGGGUUGUGCAGGAAAAUGGAUACCGAAAAAUCAGAAUUAG